AUGCAACUGAAUAACGACACGCAUCGGUUGGAGCCUAGUUUGAAUGAAGAUGAGAUUGAGAACAUUAUCAACCCGAGUGAACACGUCAUAGGUGGCUCGCAUCCGAUACUGGAGACGCACAACGAAAACGCUCCCGUGAUAGAGGACAUCGUGAACCCAUCGUUAGACCCUACAAUGAUGAUGCCGCCGCCAACACAGGACGGACACGAAAUGGCGCCGUUUUCGCCUUUGCUCAUGAACGCAAAUCUGGCACCACAGGAUGGCCACAGCCACAUUGUGCGUCGUGGCACUCCUGUUGGCAUAUAUCAAUCGCAAGGAAGCCCGAACGCCGGCGCGGGUUCGCUGCACGACUCGUUACUUUCAGAUUCGAUACUGAUGCCUUAUCGGAACCGUCUAUUGGGUGAAAGCAAACAGAAAGCGGUCUCGCAACCGAAGCGCAAGUUGACAUCUGCCAAGACUCGGCCUGCGUUUGUGAACAAGCUGUGGUCUAUGGUGAACGACAAUACGAACAAAGAGCUAAUCCACUGGUGCGACGACGGCAAGUCGUUUGUGGUUACGAACCGCGAACAAUUUGUACACAAGAUUCUGCCCAAGUACUUUAAGCACUCCAAUUUCGCAUCGUUCGUGCGGCAACUCAACAUGUAUGGCUGGCACAAAGUGCAGGACGUGCGCUCUGGGUCGAUCCAAAGCAACUCGGACGAGAGGUGGCAAUUCCAAAACGAGAAUUUUGUACGUGGGCGCGAGGACCUGUUGGAGAACAUCGUAAGGCAGAAACCCAACUCGACUGCGAACAAGGAGAUCCUGGUGGGUCACAACGGGGAGGAAAUGGACAUCGGGAUCCUGCUGAACGAGCUGGAGACGGUCAAGUUCAACCAGAUGGCGAUCGCGGAGGACUUGAAACGCAUCUCCAAGGACAACGAGAUGCUGUGGAAGGAGAACAUGCUGGCGCGCGAGCGUCACCAGGCGCAACAGCAGGCUCUGAACAAGAUUCUACAUCUACUGGCGUCGCUGAUGGGGUCCAACACGACGAAGCUGUUGGGCAGCGACCUGGUCAACGAGCUGGCACAGACGGGGAUGGCGCCCGAGGAGGCCGUGCCACAACACGCGUGGGACCCAGCCAGCAUGAAUGCGGGGGCAAGGCCGCGUCUGCUGCUGAAAAACCGGUCUGGGCCGUCGUCGACCGCGGGGUCGCGGCGCGGCACCACGGCUAGCACCGAGAGCAACUCGCCGAUCCAGGAGAUUGAUCGGGGGUCGAUCCACCACUCGAACAGCGUGGCGUCCGGGCUGUACGGGGCCAACUCUGUCGCGAGCCGCAUCUCGGAGCUGCCGUUCGAGUCGGAGUCGCCGGUGGACAACUCGUUUUUGAACGACCUGCAGUCGAACAUCAAGCGACAGGGCGAGUCGAUACAGGAGCUGCAGGACUGGAUCUCGAAGAUGUCGCCGUCGGAGAGCGAGGGUCACGGGACCGCAGACCCGCACCCGCACCCGCACCCGAACUCCGGCCCGAACUCCGGCCCGGGCCCGGUUUCCGCGCCCGGCGGCUCUGCCGCCGACGCGGCCGCGUCUCAGCCGCGCUUCGAUCUGCAGGACUACUUGUCCACGCCGGGUAACGGCGUGCUGACGCCGUUGCUGCAGGAGGAGUCGCCCGAGCACCAGGGGGCCGCGGAGCACGUCGAGGCGCCGCAAGAACUGCGCUUGCCCAACGAGAAGCGCCGUCGCAGCGACCGCCACGUUCUGAUAGAGGAGAUUCCGGACCGCUCCAAAAAGCAGCAUACAUAG